AUGUUCUUUCCAAAAUUAUCUCCUACAAUUUUCUUGUUUUUCUUCCUUAAUCUCCUCAUCUCCACCUCCAUCAAUGCCAUCAAAACACCAACCCCAACUCAAUCUCAACUCAAUGUCAUCAAGCAAUUCUUAACUUUUCAAAACAAGGCUCGGACCGCUCUCCGUAUGCCGCCAUUGGUGUGGGACUCAAAGCUUGCACGCUAUGCAGACCUUUAUGCCAGGCAAAGACGAAACGACUGUCUGUUGAAACAUUCCAAUGGACCUUACGGGGAGAAUAUAUUUUGGGGUAGUGGUGAUGGAUGGACUCCUGCUCAAGCAUCACUCGCAUGGGUGGCGGAACAACGGUGGUAUAGGUAUGGCUCGAAUUCUUGUGGUGGAGGAAAGGAAUGUGGUCACUAUACACAAAUAGUGUGGAAAACUACCAAGAGGAUUGGGUGUGCUAGAGUGACUUGCUUUGGGGGUAGAGGCGUUUUCAUCACUUGCAAUUAUUUUCCUCCUGGUAACUUUAUCGGUGAGAAGCCUUAUUGA